AUAUGUUUUAUUGUCCAUGCCUAGCGUCAUGGAAAUAGUUACUUUGUUACAGAACGUAUAGAAAUAACCUCCAAGAAGUAGUCUAUGCUUUGAUUUAAUCGCAGACCCUAAUAAUUUGCUAAUAAUGCUUCAUCUUUUUUUGUAUUAAAGGAAACAGAUCAAGAUACACAAGAACCUGUUUAGCGGGGGAAGUGGAGCAAGUCCAAGGAAUGUCGAUCAAGACCAGAAUGCACUAGUCUGGGAUAUCAUUACUCAUCUCUCUCGGCGCUGAAUGGUUUCUUCCACUCGGGGCACUUUGUCUUUGUGCUGGAAACAAAAUAUUUUGAUAAUGUUUGACCACGUCGGUGGGAUGUACAGCAAGUCUGUGUUCGAGGACGUUAUCACGCAAGGAUAACAAUCAAACUAUUCUUCAGGAUUACAACGAAUAGACGAAUGUUUGCAAUUGAUUCUUGGUGAAAACGAGUUUUCGGAUGAACCGGUGUGUCAUUGCUGGUGUGAUGCAUGGACUGAGGAGUUACAAGUUGCGAUAGCCCACAAGUUCAAUUGCAGUUUCAAGUAUCGAAGGUAAAGCUUGGAUAUCCUCAAUAGAAACAGAAAAAAACGUUUAGGCUAAUGGGACAUAAGGCUAUCGAUAGGAAUAUGGUAUUGAUGUAGUAGGCAGUGGGUGCAUGGCAUGUGGUAUUAAGCAAUUCAUCCAGUUUGCAAUUGAUAUUUGCAGUAAGAAUACCAAAGUAAAUAGCCCAUAUUCCUUGUUAAUUGUAUGUGUACAGGAAUGGAUUCUCACAACCACUGAAAACCAUUUGCAAUUCGAUGUUACUGCUUUUGUAUGCAGUCCACAGGCCUACUAAAAAGAUGGACAAGAUUCUUGGCACAGUAUAGAAAACAACCCCAGACACUUGUGUAAUCGAGUCGUAGAUAUACCCAGCUUGAUACUGCACUAGCUGUUUUUUUAGGCAGUAAAAACAGAUAUAGCACUAAGGUUAUUAUCGUGUUAUAGUGCAUGAGCACAGAUCAGUAUUUAUGCCAUUUGACAGUUGUUGUGGCAUUCCAGCACAAUACCAUUAGAUUUACAUAACUCUCUCACACCAUCUCUUAUUGAUUCAAACAAGUGUUGGGCGACUGCAGUUGAAAUGAGCUGAAAUAGUCUGAAAUCAUCUAUUUGCGUGUUAAAAUGUUGUGCCCAAGGGUAGCAGCAUCACAAUGAUUUUAGGCAGCGUGUGCAUAUGAUUUUCAUCAGAGAGUCAAAAUGUCGAUGAAAGGCAAGGCACUCUACACUUUCCAAAGUGAAAACAAAGAGGAGAUCAGCAUACAGGAGAAUGAGGAACUGGUUAUCUUUGACGAUAACUCUGUAGAUGGCUGGUUACAAGGGGAGAACAGUAAAGGACAGAAAGGUCUCUUCCCGGCCUCUUACGUGGAAGUCAUCCGCCCUCGUUCCAACUCCAACCUGACAGACUGCUCCAUAAGCCCGGUGGGUUCUCCAGGCAAUGACUCCUCAUAUUUCCCCUCCGCCCCAAACACGCCCUUUCACAUGCAACAAGGUUACUAUGACGACGAUGAUGAUGACUGGGAUGAUUGGGAUGACAGUUCCACAGUGGUGGACGAUGAUGGCCGCAGUGGCGCAAAUGGACAUUCCCAUCAGAGCCCCCACUCCAACAACCCCAAUGUCCACUAUCGAGCCAAACCUUACAUGGAGAGGCAGGACAGCAUCUCCAGCUCGCGGAAGGGCAGUAUGGUGGGAAGGAACUUGAACCGAUUCUCCAGCUUUGUACGCUCAGGGGUGGAAGCUUUUGUGUUGGGCGAUGUGCCCAUGAACGCUAAGAUAGCGGAGUCGUACACCAUUGAGAUGGGCCCCAAAGGGCCUCAAUGGAAAGACAGCCCCACACCUUUCUCUUGCUCCAUCGAGGACCCUACCAAGCAGACCAAGUUCAAAGGCAUCAAGACCUACAUAUCAUACCGAGUGACCCCAAGCCACAAUGCGAGGCCUGUGUACCGGCGUUACAAGCACUUCGACUGGUUGUACAACCGUCUACUGCACAAGUUCACCGUCAUCUCCGUGCCCCAUCUGCCCGAGAAACAGGCAACAGGGCGCUUCGAAGAGGACUUCAUCGAGAAGCGCAAGAGGCGGCUGAUCCUCUGGAUGGACCACAUGACCAGCCACCCGGUCCUGUCGCAAUACGAGGGUUUCGAGCACUUCCUCAUGUGCGCCGAUGACAAGCAGUGGAAGCUGGGCAAACGACGGGCAGAGAAGGACGAGAUGAUGGGCGCCAACUUCAUGCUUACCUUCCAGAUCCCAAAUGAGCACCAGGACCUGCAGGACGUGGAGGAACGUGUGGACUCCUUCAAGUCCUUCGCCAAGAAAAUGGAUGACAGCGUCAUGCAGCUUACGCAUGUGGCCUCAGAACUGGUGCGGAAGCACCUCGGAGGCUUCCGGAAGGAAUUUCAGCGGCUGGGGAACGCCUUCCAGAACGUCAGUCAGGCGUUCAUGCUGGACCCUCCCCACUGCUCGGACGCCCUCAACACCGCCAUCUCCCACACGGGACGUACUUACGAGAACAUUGGGGAAAUGUUUGCGGAGCAACCUAAGUAUGACCUCUUCCACAUGCUGGACAAACUGUCACUCUACCAGGGCCUACUCGCCAACUUCCCGGACAUUAUUCAUCUACAGAAAGGUGCGUUUGCCAAGGUCAAAGAGAGUCAGCGGAUGAGCGACGAAGGGAAAAUGGACCAGGACGAGGCAGACGGAGUGCGUAAACGCUGCCGGACAGUGGGAUUCGCUCUACAGGCUGAGAUGAACCACUUCCACCAGCGCCGCGAGGUGGACUUCAAGGAGAUGAUGCAGGCCUACAUCAAACAGCAGAUCGCCUUCUACCAGCGCGUGGGCCAACAGCUGGAGCGUACCCUGCACAUGUACGACAACCUGUAGAGGCCGGGCUUGUCAUCAGCCCUGACGUUAUCCUUUUGAUCCGAAAUGGCCGCCCAGUUCAACGGGCCCUCUUCAGGGUUUGUCAAAAAGCCUAGUGGAAAUAGAGAAAUCCCACUGGACACACACUGGUUGUUUAAAUGUCAUUUGUCAAGUUAUUGUCAGGUUAUUGUGACGUGGAAAAUACAUUGGAUUUUAACAAAGUUUUCAUCGUUGAAAUUAGGGUAAAACCUCAACUUAACUACAUAGACUUAACCUGGUGAACAGGUUGUUACAUCAGUCUAAUUUCAACAUAUUCAUCAUAACAAUUAAAUACGUGGAAAUUGCGUUGAAAAUUCCACGUAGAAAUGUAAAAAAUCUUCAACUUUGGGUGGUUGAAAUGAUGUUUAAUUUCAUAUUUGAUUAGACAUAUGUUAUUUGAACUUGUUUCAAUGCUGACAGUAAAAUGGUAUGUUUGAAUCGACGUCAUCGUUUCCACGUCAUGCCAUCAACCUAAAUAGAGGUAUAUUGAAAUAAAAUGGUAAGCCACAGUCCAACGAUUCCUGCCUGAACACUGACACCUACGGAGAGGUAAUGCACUUCAGUGAAACAAGUCUACCAUACAGAUGCCUUCCUCUAUGUACCCCGCUUAGCUUGAGAAACAAGCUGCGUUCAAUUCAGCUGACCUAUCAUGUCUAGACAGUUAGACAUUGGUCAGCUUCCAUACACUUUUGCAUAGACUACCUAAAUACCAUUGAAUAGUUGAAAGUAACUCCUCUAACUUUUCUUACACUAGCUGUAUGUGAAAGUAAGUUUGGAGUGAGGUUGGGUUUAUUAUGUAAGCUACAUUGACAUCGGAUUUUCCCAAAGGCCACCAUCAUUUCAACGCUAGGUAUGCUGUCAUUCGACUAUGGCUGAUUGGAUCUUUAGAAGUUUAGAAGUAGUUACCAUUAUCCUUAUAAUUAGGAUGCUGAAUUUACCUCUUUAUUUCGGUUGAUGACUUGAAGUUGAAACCGACGUUGAUUCAAACACACAAUUUUACUAGGUCAAAUGAAAUAUGUCUAAUCAAACAUAAAAUUCAACAUAAUUUCAACAGUGUUGGGGAAUUUACUCUGGAAAUAUAGGGAAAGGGAAAGGGGGAUACCUAGUCAGUUGUACAACUGAAUGCAUUCAACUGAAAUGUGUCUUCUGCAUUUAACCCUCUGAAAUGUCAUAGACUACAAAUUGCAAGAACAGUUCACUUUGGGGUCAUACAUGAAUGGAAUAUGUCAUUUUAAUAGAAUAUGUACGUUUCAAGUGAGAAUUUGGCAGGUCUGACGCUGAAAACCCCCCCAAAAUAUUUCCUACUUCUCCCAUAUUUUAUUACAUUUUUUAACAAAAAGAGUCAUGUUCAGUUGUUAUCUACACCACUGCGUGGCACAGAGGUAAUUACCUACUGAUUUGACUUUGACUAGUUCAACUACCACCUAGCUACUUCAAAUGUAGUUAAAUUACUAGUUGAACUUCAUGUAGUUCACUACUCCGCAACACUGAAUUUCAACCACCCGAUAAACACUUAGUGUACAAAACAUUAGGAACACCUGGUCUUUCCAUUACAUAGACUGACCAGGUGAAAGCUAGGAUCAUUUGUUCACUCCACUUCAACCAGUGUAGAUGAACGAGAGGAGACAGGUUAAAGAAGGAUUUUUAAACCUUGAGACAAUUGAGACAUGGAUUGUGUUUGUGUGCCAUUCAGAGAGUAAAUGGGCAAGACAAAAGAUUUAAGUGCCUUUGAAAGGGGAAUGGUAGUAGAUGCCAGGCACACUGGUUUGUGUCAAGAAUUUAGGGUAAAAGGGAGGGGGCGAUAUAGCUCAAUAUUAGGUAGGUAUUCCUAAUGUUUUGUACACUUAACCUGGAUGAACAUAGGAUUACAUAUAUAUAUUUUUUAACGUUUAUAUGUGGAAUUUUCAAUGCAUUUUCAACGUAUACAUAGUUCUGAUGAUUAUGUUGAAAUUAGAUUGAUGUAACAAUCUGUUAGUCAGGUUAAGUCAUUGUAUUUAAGUUGACGUUUUACCCUCAUUUCAAUGCUUACAACGCUGGUUGAAAUGAGAUGAAAUCAGUACUGUUUGAUGACUUUUUGUAUUUUCCACAUUGAUUCCACGUCACAAUACUUUGACAAAUGGUAUUGAAACCAUGUUGAUUCAACCAGCGUGUGCCCAGCGGGAUGGCUGUAGCUGGAAAAGUUUAUCUGUUUAUUCUCUUUCUUCAUGGUGGACCAUGAUAGUCACGCAAACCCCUGGCUUGAAAGAAGAGAGGGGUUGCUGAGGUUGCUGCCUUAUAAAGAUUACUUUCUGCUUAUUUUGACUUGAAUAUGGGCCACGUGGUUCAAAGACUCGGACAGAAAGAGGGCAUGUUCUUGAAGAGGCUGGGGAAGCCCGUUUGUGCACUUCACGUAAUAGUCACUUUCCAGGCUGAAAUUCAAAGUCUAAAUUCUUUGUUUCAAGGGACCAUUGUCUUCUUCAUAAAUCCACCAAUUUUGCUAUGUUAUGACCAACAUUUUUUUGUUGUUGUAUACAAUACCAUCUAUUUAAGGUGUUUGCAACAAAUCUUAAUACGUUCAUUGAUAGGGGGCAUUGAAGAAUUCUCUGUAGAGGGUCAAAGAUAGGCAUGUGUAGCCUUAAGCAGACAGUAGAAACAGAACUCCGUUAGUGUAAUGUAUGAAAACCAUGACAGAGUCCAUGCCAUCUCCUCCCGUUGUUUCUCAGAGUAAGGGCUUGAAUGCUCAGGUGUUCACUGCAAACGUGUUACCGUGAUGUAUUUUCUUGAGAUAGCUCUCCAUACAAGCCAUGACUGUGCCUGUCGGCGGCUUUUAAAGUCCCACGAGGCAGCAGCUGCACUCCGUAACUUAAGAUAAUUAACAUCAUGUAAUUAAUGUUACUUUUUUCCCCUGUGGUAACCUGUAAGUGCCUUAAGGAGCAGAGGCAUUUGAGUGUGAUUUUCUGAACAACUGUCUUCACCUGCUUCUUUGCACCAUUGGAGGAGAAACAGGUCUUUGGAAUCAGUUGUGCUCCAGCUGAGUUUGUACAGGAGCUUUGUACCCGUCGAUCAUGGUGUGUGUGUGUGUGCCUCCGUGCGACUGUCAUUUGUUGGGUUAUUGAUAGACUCCCUGUUCUGUCUGUUGCAACAGACAUUUGGCCAGCAGUCUUGAAGUUGGAAGUACUUAAUGUUACAAUAAGUGUAAACAAGGAGUAAUCACCCCCCUUAUGUGAGAAACAAUGUUGGCUUUGAACAUAGUGUUCUUGUCUUAACUGAAUCACUACCGCACCAAUUUCAGUGUUGAUUACCAAAUCAUUUAAGUUGUUCCAGUCAUAUAAGACACGGAUUUUAAUAGGAGCCAUCUUGUGAGACUUUAUAGAGAUCCGUGGUUUGUUUGUGCUAUCUUUCAGAACUAUUAUGAAUCUAAGAGGUUAAGACAGAGACGCUGCUUCUCAGUGAAAGCAUUGCCUCAAGAACAGUCAAGUAAAUUAUUAAAUGCAGAGCACUAACUUGUUCACAAUUAAGGCGUUGCUUUGAAUAGUUACUUGAGUUAACGGUCCAUUCGCAUGCUUUAAUUGGCUUUUCCCAAGUACCGUUAAAUAAUACAGUACUCUACUCAGGGUUUUUAUUCUGAUCAUGGAAUAUUGAAGUAUAAAUGUCUAACACAGACCCCAAAGAGAUCUCCUGACAUAUUUCCAUUCAUCUCAAUUCGACAGGACACAAACCAAUCACCAAAAUAACAAUACUGUAAGUUAUUGGAUGGUGCCCUUUUUUUCCCAGUAAUGCUUGAGACCAUAGUUUCAGUAAAUAAACAAAGAUUGCCCUGCAUUACCUUCGAAGUAAACCACAGAAGUCUGACUCUGUCUAUGACUCAGUACUGAGUGUUGUAUCAAUGGCUUUUCCACUUCCAACGUACAUUCCAGGGUAUGGGUAGAUGUUAAAACCAGGUGUUUCACAACCCUUCUUUUGAAAUGUCCUCAUCUUCUCGCCUGUUUUUUUGUUGUUGAUUGCACAAAGACCAAAGUAUCAUUAUUUAGCACUCAGUUUCAAAUGAAAUGAAAGGGUCUCCCAAUAAAUAGCUGACCGUACAUAGGAGGUGGUCUAGUGUUGGCUGUCUUCAAUAGUUUUCUUAUUCAACCGGUCACAUUUUGAGGAGAUGGGUCUGACAACCUCUGUGGAAAGAGACUAACAGGGCAAAAGGAGAAGGAAUUUUCAGGGGAAAAGGCCUGGAAAUGAUUCCAUGUGAACUGUUACUCACCUACUCUGACUGCCACUGGCAGUGUGAACGGUAAUGUAAGGACAUGUUGACAAACUGUAUGGCUGGUGGAAGGACACUGAGUCUCACAUGGAUGAUUCUGGCUUAACGAGGAUGUGUGAGACUGAGACUGGGACUGGCAUGAUGAGACCUAUGGUUCUGUUAUAUUUUCCUAUAUUGAAAUACGCACUGUCUUAGGUUUUUGGCACAAGGAACGAUGUCACUAAGGGAGGCUCUGAAAGUCUUAAUAAAAGCGAUCAUGCUGAUUCUGAUUUUUAA